GGAAGCAAAGGAUGACACAUGUGUGAGACGUCGACAUGUUUUAAAGAAUAUCAAAUUGUCAUAGACAUUUAUUCCCCGAAAACGUCAAUUUUAUAUGAGGACAUCGUAACAAAGAAGUCUUGACUCUCCCACAAUGGCCUCAAGUAAAGAAUCCCUUGGGGCAUUGGAGAGUCUGAUGAAUGAUUUUUUUGGACCUACUACUUCUAACGAAAGAAAGAGAGAAAUAGAGGAAAUCCUGAAUAACUUUACCCAGACAAAGGAUUCUUGGCAACAUUGUCUGUACUACCUAGGAAACACCAAUAAUGAAUAUGUGAUGAUGUUCUGUUUGACUGCUAUUGAAAAUUUGAUUCAUAAGCAGUGGGUGGGGUUCCAUGGACAAGCCAAGCUUGAAAUACGUACCCGGUUGAACCAGUUCCUGCUUGACCACCACAAUCAUUGUCCCUCCUUCAUCAAGUUUAAACUGGUCAAGCUUGUUGUGGACAUUGGCCGUAUAGAUUGGCCACAUUUCUAUCCUGAUUUCUUCAGUAGUAUUUUGGAGUUGGUGCAGCGUUCUGACACAACUAUGCUAGGGAUAAUCCUGCUACAUACAGCCUCUGAAGAACUCGCCUCACCCCGUGAGGAUCUCAGCAUGGACAGGAAGGAGGAACUGCAUCGCCUCCUACUAGUACAAGUACCAACUAUACUGGGAAUCCUGAACACUACACUUGAAGCUAUACUGGAGAAGCAUCGACACCUUGUGGCUGCUACGCCCCCUCCCUCACCCACUCAUGGUGGAGAGGAGACAUCUUCACAUAAAUCCUCCUGGAUGUUGUUCUCCUCGUCUCCAGCAGCGGACAGUCUCCUUAGUAACAUGUUUAAAUCACCUGGAAAUCGUGUUCAGUUAGAGGCAUUACCUCCCUUGGAUGACUCUUCAAAGGAAGUGUGUAGUCUAGCUCUACAUUGCCUUGCAGAAUAUUUCAGUUGGAUUCCACUGUCAUCCACGAUAACACCUUCUUUGCUCAGUACCAUAUUUCAUUUCGCAGGAUUUGGAUGUGAAGCCAAAAAAGCUGUUAAUUCAAAUCGGACAACAAAUUUUAGUUCAGACACGUCCUCUCUUGGGAUUUGGGCGAUGAACUGUAUAAAUGAGCUUUUAUCAAAAAACUGUGUUCCUCGGGAGUUUGAAGACUAUUUACUACAAAUGUUCAGACAGACUUUUUAUCUGUUACAAAAGCUUACCAAAGACAGUAGUACAAAUGCUACAGGGAAUAGACUAUCAGAAAUUGAUGAAAGUUACAUUGAGAAAUUUACAGAUUUCUUAAAGUUGUUUGUGAGCGUUCAUCUGCAGAGAUUUGAAGCCAACAUACAGUUUCCUGUUUUGGAAUUUCUAGCCUUACUGCUCAAGUACACAGUUAGACAACCAACAUAUGAAGGUUAUUUCCACUGUCUAGACACCUGGAAUACCUUUCUGGAUUACUUACAUACCAAGUUGAAGGAGAGAACCACAGACAGCAAUCUACUUGUGGCCAGAUACCAGGAGGCACUACUGUCCCUCGUGUCCCACAUUCUUCAGAAGUUACAGUUUCGCUUUAACCAGUCACAGCUCGAGGAACUGGAUGAUGAAAUUCUGGAUGAUGAUUCUGAAACAGAAUGGCAGCACUUUCUAAGGCAAAGUUUGGAGGUGGUUGCGAAGGUUGCAGAAAUUCUCACAGCAGAUGUUUUCAGGUUACUUUAUGAACCAUUCCGGGAACAUCUGGAGAUCUACCUCGGACUGGAACGCUACUUAACAAGUGGUGGCCAAGGACGACAUCUGACAAUAACAGCAGAGAAUGAGUGUCGCCGCCUGCACUGCUCUCUCCGCGACUUAUCUUCUUUGCUACAGGCACUUGGCAGGCUGGCAGAGCACUUCAUCGGGGAGAAAUUCCCAGAGCGAUUCGCUGAUGGGACAAUGCUGAUAACAAGGUUGAUCCAUACUGUUGUGUAUGGUACAAAAACACGCCUGUUUGAGGUGACAUCCAGUGUACAGAAUGUCCUUCAUACAGACUUCAUUGGAGUGCAUGCCCAGGCUAUUGCGUCAAUGAAGGCUUAUGCCCAUUGGUUAGGUCAGUAUCAUAGCGAGUCCCAGCGUGUACAGGAGGAGAAGGAGAAGUUUGCCACACUUCUUUCUUCACUACUCGACUCUCUCAUACCUCUCAUCACUAAGGAGACACCAGAGAAAAUCAUCCACUCUGCUGUCCACUUGGUGUUAUCCAUAUCCACUACAGUUCGGCCACGAUUCCUCCUUCAACUGACCGGUAUCCAGUCCAUGUUCCAGGUGGCAAGUCAUGGAGGCUACGACCACCUGUCUAAUGAGGUCCAGCUGUUACUGUACCGAUCGUUAAGUAAUUGCCUCCUGUUGGCAUGGCCUAACUUACCAGAUGGAGAACAGGAUUGGGGCAGCCGUGCUGCACACCAUGUCACCUUUGUAGGUCAGCUGUCACGUAACUUCCUUCAGCUCAAACCCAGGGUAGCUGUGCUGGCUGCUGACAAAGCCCUACAAGAGGAAGCUAAGCCAAUCAUCAAAAAGAUACUACACAUUUUUGAGGACUGGAUUGAGGCUAUAGCAGGAGAAGUGGUACGAAGUAAACAGCUGUGUUACCAGUCACUACAGGAAGUUAUCCAAGUAGCGUUGUUGGUGUUCCCUGUCUAUCUUCAACAGCCAGAUGUCAUCGAUAAUUUCAUGAGUUUUUUCUUGGCAUUAUUCCAAGGAUUGAGAGUCCAGAUGGGGGUGCCAUUUACAGAACAAACAAUUCAGACAUUUAUGGGACUGUUCACAAGGCAACAGUUGGCAGAGACAAUCAGUCAUGGUAGCAAUGCAGCUCAGCGAGUUAUAGAAAAAUUUUUGAAGAUUCUAGAGCUGAUUGUACAGGAGCCAGGCUCAGCAUUCAAAGCGUUCUUACCAAAUGUUAUAUCUAUUUGUAUGGAUCAUGUAUAUCCUAUUAUAGCACAGCGUCCAACUCCCGAUAUCAAACAAGGGCUGUAUGAAUUGUUACACACUUUGUUGAUGAAUAAUUGGCGACAUUUCUUCAAAGGGUCAGUUUUGACUAUGCUUCAGUCCAAGACUGAGGAAGUUGAGAAUGCUGGCCAAUUUACUCUAAUAAUGCAGUCAUAUGGACAGUCGUUCCUGCAGUCAGAUAUAGAAGUUUUCAGACAGAACCUCAACUCUCUCCAACAACUCAACUCAAAGUGGAAGCUGUACCAGAAGCCAAUCUUUAAAGAUGUGAUGCUGUUCCAAUUUAUAAGUGUGCUCCUUCAAGUUCUACUCCACAAGUCACAUGACCUGCUCCAGGAGGAGAUCGUUAUGACAAUAUAUAACAUGGCAUCAGUAGAUUUUGAGAAAUUCUAUGCAGAAUUCUUACCACAAUUUGUUGGGGACUAUGAUGGUGUGGAUAAUAACCAGAAGACUAUAUUAGGCCAAAAUUUCAGGCUUGAUCAGGACUUGCCAUCAUUUACACAGAGUGUCCAGCGCCUUGUGAAUGAUCUUCGUUUCUACAGACUUGUAAACAGCAGUUUACCUGAGGGUUCUGUUAAAUUCUAAUUUCGGUUUUAUCUGUCGACAGUGGAAACUAAUGUACCCCCACACUGAACAGCUAUGCUCUGUUAAACAACUCCAGGCCCCACACUGUACAACCAUACACUGUUAAACAACUCCAUGCCCCACACUGUACAACCAUACACUGUUUACUAACUCCAGGCCCUACACUGUACAACCAUACACUGUUAAACAACUCCAGGCCCCACACUGUACAACCAUACACUGUUAAACAACUCCAGGCCCCACACUGUACAACCAUACACUGUUAAACAACUCCAGGCCCCACACUGAACAACCAUACACUAUUUACAAACUUCAGUCCACAUACUGUAUCAUCAUACUCACUAUACCAAAUUCUGGCACAGAUUAUAUGGAUAAAAACACCAUCAAGAUCAUAGAUUUAAAUGGAAAUAUUUUUGCUAGUUGUUUUUCUUCAGAAAAGUUCUGUAUACAGAAGACCUUAGUUGGUUCAAACACCUUUGUAUCCUGACAGAUUUAUCCUGAUUUUUUUAACUGCGAGGAUUGAAAGGUUACGUCCCUUUUAUCACACAACAAUCAAGAAGUCUGUUUGAUUUAUAUGAGGUUAAUAUUUGAUGUUUAUACUACUUAUAUAAUGAGCCAUUAACUCUCCCUAAUUGAAGCCAAGCUUGACAUUGGUCGAUUUUACUUACAUAUGGUUUACUUAACCAGCUCAUGAACUGUAUGAUUUACCUCACACCUUUACUUUAGUAGGAAAAGAUAUUCUGAUAUUCCGCUAGUAUUUUAAUGUAAGAGGGAUGUAAGGAAUUAUGUUUCGAACCCAGUUUAUUCAAUUAUCUUGAUUAUCAUUUAUUUCUCAUUAUUGAUCAAUGACAAUGCAUUGAUAAUACACCAAAUCACAAAAAAUUAUAAGCACUGUGAGUUUUUGUAACGUGUCAAUUUAGAUACCAAAAAAUAGAAAAGUGUGUAAUUUUUGUUUAUUGAUUGUCAGCAGGUUGACGAUUUGUGACAGUAUUAUUGUAUAUAUAGACUAAUGAAAAAUUUCUUUGUAAGAUCAUUGUAUGUAUUGCAUGUAUUUAAAAUCUGUCAUCAAGUUUCAAGUAAGUUUAUGUCAUGGCGUAGCGACAUGUGUCAAUACAUUCAUGCAUCCAUUUGUUAUCUUUCUGUAGGAUAUGUAACAUCCUCAGGAGAGAACAAUCCCGAGUAGAGAAGGUGGGGACUCCUUCUUGAAUUUUUGGGUUUGCUUUUAAUUCUUUUCCUUAACACUGAUUGAUAUUCUCACUUAACAUGGUCUGAAACAAUCAAAGAGGCAGUGCAGUCAUAUUUUGUAUAAAUCAAGUUGUUGGAUUCCUGUUUGGGCCAAAAAUGUGAUUUCAGAAGUUGUGCUUUGGGACAGCCCUUUUCGUAAAUACCAUGGCCUGUUUUUGUAUGGUAUAGUCACAUGGGGUUUGGGGCAAGGAAGUGCAGAAGUGAAAUGCAAGAUAAUUUAUUACAAAAAACCUUAUUCAAUAUACACCACAUAACUACAAUGAAAUCUGGUAAAAUAUUAAUGAUCAUUGAUAUUUUAGUGUAAUCUUACUUUGGCACCUUUCAUGCUGAAAUUUUUGUACCAACAUAUGAUUGCAGUAGAUGCCGUUUCCAUGUGCUGCUUACAUAGUAAUUAUUGUUACCGUGCUAUGUGCCAAAAAGUGACAAUGUGCUAACAUUUGAUUGUGCUAUAUGAAGUACAUUUUAAGAUGAUGCUACCCAAAUUUGAACACUUUUUGAAGAAAUUAAAAAUAUUUCUACUGAAAAAUUCUGUUCGUCUAUAAAAAAUUUCUUCCUUUUAUUGAUGUUAAGCUAUUUUUUUUAGUAUAUUUAGUCACUUGUCCAUCAAAAAAUAUUCAUCUCAGCAAUACUUUUCUUUGUCUAAAACAUCAUUGUAUAUUUGUAUUCUC